CAGUCAGCUGAAGCUCGAGACAGAGACAAUGUAACUACCGUUUAAAAAGACAGUCUGUUAUUGUUGCCGUUUCUCGGAUGUUUUGGAGCUGACAUUUUUUGCGGCUGCUUUUAUAAUCGUUUUAGUUAUUAAUAACAUAUCUUAAGAUUUGUUUUCUUACAGGUUAGGCAGCAGGAGUGUAGUGCUCUUAUUGUACUGUGUGUAAUGAUAGGUGACGAUAGUUGUGGCUCCAUCCAUCCAUCACCCCGGGCGUCUCUCUGCUUUCUGGGCGACUUUCAGCUCGCGUCGCCGGUUCCAACAAGUGCAGCCUCUGUUUGGUGGAGCACCGUGUUGUGGAUGACUAAGCGUACAAGGCUGCGUGUGUGUGGCCGGGCGGCCCGAUGCUAAGAUCGGGGAGACAUAGCAGUGUGGGUCGGUGAGGAGAUGUCAGAGCGGGGAUGCCUCUCCUUCGAAACAGUGCUGUAGUCGCGGGUAUACACAAGUGUACGCAGUAUACCCACCUCUCUCACUGGGCAUAUAGACUGGCGUACCCACAUUUCAGCCCUAGUAGCAGUGACACAUAUAUGGAUGGUGGGGUCGCAGUAUGCCCACCUCCUCAUCUACCACUACACCACUGGCUGGAGGAAGUAGCAGUGACAGAGGAGCAGGGGGGCCCAUGUCUACCACAUCCCCCUCCUCCUCCUCCUCUCCCAUCAGCUCUUCUUUCCGUUUUGUCCCAGCUUUUUGUCUGGGCGUGGUGGCAGCAGUAGUGUUUCAGCUGGCCUGGGGAGGCCUGACUCUCACAUCCUUUUUCUUGAAGCUGUUCAUCUAUGUGUCUUUUGCUCUGCUGUGUUUCCUGGCUGGGUGCUUUGUUCUGCUGGUCAGGAAGAGUCCUCCCAAAGUCAGCUGCUUUGGCACGAACAGGAGGAACUCAGCUGCGCUCUUGGAGUUCUUCAACAAGCUCAUGGCUCGUUUUUUAGUGCCAAUACCAGAGUCGAGCCAGAGCAGGAGAGUGGUGGUGUCACACAAUGUGGACAAAGCCCUGAAGGAAGUGUUUGACUACUCCUACAGAGACUACAUUCUGUCUUGGUAUGCCCCACUGAGUCAGGAUGAAGGCCAGUUGUACUCCAUGCUGUCUGAGGACUGGUGGCAGAUGAUUGGACAACUGAGGUCCAGGCUUGCUGACAUAGACCUUGUCAACGUAGUGUGCUAUGACUCUAUUCGAAUACUCCAUGCACACUUCACUGAUCUCAAAGCUGCAUCUGCAAGACCAGAGGAGUGUGCUCGGCCGUUCCCCCUCCAUCCCUGUUUGGUCAGUCCAGAGUCAGAGCUGGCCUUUCUCCGUUGUGUAGCCAGAAUACUGCUGCUAUGUCUGCUGCCACAAAGGGAUGCCAAGUCACACACACUACGCUCCUGCCUCACCGAAGUCAUCACUACUAAAGUCUUAAAGCCUUUGGUAGAAGUGCUCAGUGAUCCGGACUCCAUCAACAGGAUGCUGUUGUCUCAGCUGGAGCAGAGGGAGCAGCAGGCUGAGCAGCAGAAGAAAGCCUACACCUAUGCUGCCUCCUAUGAAGACUUUAUCAAGCUCAUAUCAACUUCUACUGAUGUCGAUUUCCUUAAACAACUCAGGUAUCAGAUAGUGGUAGAGAUCAUUCAUGCUACUACCAUCAGCAGUCUGCCUCAGCUCAAGAAGCAAAAAGAACGAAAAGGUAAAGAGUCAGCAGCUAUGAAGGCAGACCUGCUGAGGGCAAGAGACAUGAAACGAUACAUCAAUCAACUCACCGUUGCUAAGAAACAGUGUGAGAAACGGAUCCGCCUACUCGGUGGGCCAAACUAUGAAAGUAAUGAGGAAGGAGGAGCUGAUGAGAGCGAAGGGCCUCAGAGUCAGAGGAUCCUCCAGUUUGAUGACAUCCUGUGUAAUCCAGGUUACAGGGAGCAUUUUAGAGUUUACAUGGAGAGAGUUGACAAGAGAGCGCUGAUCAGCUUCUGGGAACUGGUGGAAACACUAAAGACUGCCAACAAGAGUGAGGUGCCCCAGAUCGUUGGGGAGAUCUACCAGAAGUUCUUUGUGGAGAGCCGGGAGAUCCCAGUGGAGAAGAUUCUGCUCAAGGAGGUUCAACAGAGCCUGGUGGGGAACAGAGGAACACAAGUCUUCAUUAGGCUACAGGAACAGGUCGCUGAGACGAUGAGAGAGCGAUAUUAUCCCUCUUUCCUGGUUUCAGACCUCUACGAUAGGCUGAUCAGGCGAGACGAGCAGUGCAGCCAAUCGCAGUGCAGCACCGAGGAGAAGGGGGAUGGGUGCCAGGGUCUAGAUGCAGGAGAGGAAGUGUGUGAUGAGGGAAGCAAAGGAAUCAAUGAGCAGGCCAGUUACGCUGCUACUAAGCUCCGCCAACUUUAUGACAAACUGGAGUACAAGCGGCAGGCCCUGGGCUCCAUCCAGAAUGCACCUAAACCAGACAAAAAGAUUGUGAGUAAACUGAAGGAGGAAAUAGGAGCUAUGGAGAGAGAGCACAGUGAACUGCAGCAGCACAUCAGCAGGACUGACUGGUGGUGUGAAAACCUGGGACACUGGAGAGCUACUAUUACUACUGCUGAGGCUACCGAGGAAGGUGGGGAGACAGUAGCUUGUUACAGUGUGUGUGUAAGCCUGGUGGAAGGCGAGGAGACAGCCAACAGUCGCUGGAGUGUCCAGAGGAAACUCACUGAGUUCCAGAUGCUGCAUCGGAAACUCACUGAGUGUUUCCCGUCACUGAAGAAACUCCAGCUACCCUCACUUAGUAAACUUCCCUUCAAAUCUAUUGACCAGAAGUUCCUGGACAAAAGCAAAACUCAGCUUAAUGCCUUUCUUCAGCGCUUGCUGACAGAUGAGCGGUUGUGCCAGUCAGAAGCGCUCUAUGCGUUCCUCAGCCCCUCCCCAGAGCAUCUCAAGGUGAUGUCCAUUCAGAAGAAAUCGUCUUUCUCUCUGGCCUCAUUCCUGGAGAGACUGCCAGGGGACUUUUUCUCCCAUACUGAGGAGGAGGCUGAGGACGACAGCGACCUGUCUGACUAUGGCGAUGAGGCAGAUGGGAGGAAGGACGCACUGGCUGAACCCUGCUUCAUGCUAAUAGGAGAGAUAUUUGAACUUAGAGGAAUGUUUAAGUGGGUGAGGAAGACUCUUAUUGCACUAGUCCAGGUGACGUUUGGACGAACUAUCAACAAACAGAUCCGGGACACAGUCAACUGGAUCUUCUCUGAGCAGAUGUUGGUAUGUUACAUCAGCGUGUUCAGGGAGACCUUCUGGCCCAAUGGGAUGUUGGCGCCACAUGUUGUGGUUCGGACUGACUCCGAACGCAGUGAUACCAAGGAACGGGCUCAACAAAAAUUACUGGACAACAUCCCAGAAGCCCUAGCAAAUCUAGUUGGCCAGCAGAAUGCCCGCUAUGGGAUCAUCAAGAUCUUCAAUGCCCUGCAAGAAGCUAGUGCCAACAAACAUCUUCUCUAUGUAUUGAUGGAGAUGUUGCUGAAGGAACUGUGUCCAGAACUUAACGCAGAAGUGGAACACAUCUGAACACAAACACCUUUCAAGUGAAACUAGAAAUCUGCUGUCUCAUCUUUCAGGCCUUUCUGUAGCUGACCAAUCAUAAACUGCUAAGCCAGACAGGAAGAUGGCCUUUUGGUUAAAGCUGAGACAGCAAGCAAGUGCAUUGGUCAAACCUGAGACAUGGGGCAUUUCUGUUGACAGAAGUUUGCUGUGAAGUCAAAGGCUCGGUUGACACCGGAAUGGAAAAGCUGAAGCUAGACUCUGUUGUGAAGCUGCUCUUGUCUGUCUAAACAUGGAGGAAUUUCACUUCUCCUUGUUUGGAAAGCAGUCUGACCAGACAGAUCACAUUUGUAAUUCAAAGUAAUGAACAAAUCAGAGUUUUAACCUUGUGUAACUUGCAUCUGCUGUUUUUCUGUGUUACUUCAGCAGUGAAACAUCAGAUCUGUGCCACAAAGAGUUGAUUGUUGGCCGGUGUAAAUUGGCCGGUGUAAAUCAUAAGGUCUUCAGAUUACAAGGCUAAGAAACAUUUUGUGGAAGUAAGCAUCUCUUACGGCUGGCGUGUGACCCAGUGGCUCUGGUCCCACUGCUGAGGCCAUGGUCGCCAAAUGUCUGUGUUGUCCUGACUUGAUUUAUUUGGACAUCAUUUUAGAGACCUGAUGAUUUAUAGACCUUGUGUAAAUGCAGCCAACAGAGCUGAAGUUCAGAUUUUCUGUUGCCCUGUAAAGACAGCCAGUGUGUCUGUCAUAGCCCACAGACCUCUUAACAUUCCUCCAACACACAACCUGAGCAACAACACUUGUGUUCUGUGAUUAUUGUUAAAAAGGCUUAUAAUUGUGCAAUAUGUCAUGUAAAAGUCAUUGUGACAAUUUUAUUUGUGAUUAUUAUUGAUAGAUUUUAUUUUUACCAAAAAAUGUUUAGAGCGUUUAUAUCAGCAAUAAAUUGCAAAAAAAUGAUGUGCUA